GGCCACUGUCUAAAAUUGUGCAAUAUUUCUUCACAAAAACAGUCAUUACACUGACUAAGGUCCGUUUUUAGCGUUGAUGUUGUGAAAUGUCACUGAGAUUAGAUAUGUACCACUUGUAUGUCAAUGGAAUAGUCGUCCAUAUCUCGCUUUGACUGCUAGCAGAGCACUUUUGUGAGUUGGAGUUCGACUUCGUCUGCUGCUGCACGGCCAUCUCAAUCUUACUGCUGACUGCAUCAAAGGGUCGUUUCAUUCAAGGGAAGGAUUCGUGUUAUUUCAUUUUAAGAUGUUAAAGGACAAGAAGGAUUCUACUGAGCCAGAGAGUGGUCUGUUGGUUGACGGUCAGCUCUGUGACAGUGGAUUUGUACCGAUGAACAUGGAGGAUGAUCAUGAACCGUCCUCACCUACCUGUGAUGAUGUACUCAGUAGUGACCGUAAUCAAAAUGCCAUGCAGGACUGUGUUGGGAAUGAACUGAGGUCAAAUAUCUGUGAUCAAGAUGAAAAAGAUGGAGACAAAUCCGUAACAAAGGAUGGUGGAAUCCUUUCACCAACGUUUCAUCUGAGUCCCAAACAUCAAAACCGACCUAAUGAAAUUUCACUAAAGCGCUGCCUCAGUGAUCAGGAUGCUGAUGGAAAGUCUAUAUUACCUGUACUCCUGCUUCCGGAAAUAUUCCUUAAAAUAUGCUCCUACCUGCCCGCCAAGUUUGUGCUUGGUACGCUGACCAGAGUAUGUCGACAGUUCCAUGAUCUCUUGUCUGAUGACGCCACUUGGAAAAUCAGAACGUCAAAGCAGGGUGUGAAGAGGUAUCCUGUUGUUCCAGUGGAAAAUUUCAAUUGGAAGAAGGCGUGUGUGAUGCGAGAAGAACAAUUGUGGCUCUGGUCAAAUCCCGAUCAAACGAUGGACCACUUUAUGCUGAGUGAUGGGAUAUCUGCUCCAGUUGAUGCUGUCCAUUUGAUGAGUGGUGGUAGCCUCUUGGCGAGUGGCUCCAGAGACAAAUACCUCAACUUGUGGGACUUAGACAAAAUUGAUGUGAAUGAGCCAAGCUCGAAAAAAGAUGCCCGAAUUGUAUCUAAGAUGAAUGCUCACAAUGGUUGGAUUUGGUCGAUAACUUCCCAUAACCACAUCAUGGCUACUGCUUCCUGGGAUACUUAUAUCAAGUUCUGGGACCUUGGAGCAGGCGUUACUGAGAUCAGAUCUGUCAAGUGUAAGUCGGCAGUCUUGGCUACGAAAUAUACCAAAGAUGUGCUCGUCGCCGGUAGCUAUGAUAAAUACAUCAGUGUGAUCGACCCGCGGGUUGCGACCAUAGUCUCGCGGAUACGCCAUCACAGGAUGCCGGUACUCUCGAUAGAAGCUGACGAUAACUACAUCAUCAGUGGUAGUGAGGAUAAAACGGUUUGCAUUUAUGAUAGGAGGGCGGAAAUACUGCUGAAAACUUUACAUUUUGAACACUUCCCAAUGUGCAUGGAUUACAACAUGAACCAGUUAUUCAUCGGUGAUAAAAUAGGACGUCUUCACCUUGUUGAUGCUUCUGAUGUCAAGUUUGACUUAAUCAAGACUUAUGAUCCUGGCCAUGUUGGUAAACUGACAGGUGUGCUGUAUAACUAUGGAUCAAUCAUGAGCUGCUCUACAGAUAGGACAGUACGCAUCAUGGAACCAUGCUUGAAUCCAGGAAACAUCCAUACUAUCAAAUCACAUGACGCUGAAGUAGCUAAGAUAAGUUGGCAGAACAGUGUGUUGGCGACGGCAGGCAGUGAUAUGUUGGUUGGUAUCUGGAGACCCAAGUCACAACAUCAACAUCACUUGAUGUUUGAAGAAAUGGAAGAGAAUGAUUCCUGAUACAUGGACGAUACUUGUUAAUGAUGUCAAUGACAAACCUUGAAUUGGAUCGACAUCCAAGAUUAUCAGUUGCCUUGUCAUUAACACAGAAUACUUCACAUAACUCAGCUCCUGGCUAAAAAUGUGAUUCUGGAAACAUGUAAGACUUUGGCAUUUUCGAAUGGGUGCAUAAUGUGCUUCUAGGAUUAUAUUGGUAUAAAGACACUGAUUUUCAGGUUUAUCAUCAGGGAGUGUAGAAGUACUUUUCGGCAUGUAAUGUUACGUUUAUGAUCAAGUAGCUGCCCUGUCUUAAUAUAGCAUAGAUUUUGCGUUGCAUGUACAGCUGUACAUGCACUUUUAAAUUAGUCCUGCUUUGUAUACAAAAUAUGCCAACAUGUGAUAUUUUUUGGUGGAACUACAUGUAUGUCAUCAUUAUGUUGAACAGUGAGAGAACUGAUACACAUAGCUUCUGUGAUAUAGGCCAUACAUGUUUGUAAUGCCGGAAGGUUGUUCUUUGAGUGUUUGUAAUGUGUUAUACUUUAUAAAUAUUGUGAAUAUAUGUGAUUCGGGUAUGUGUCUCUCAUGAUAUUGACAGACCUCUUUAAAUGUAAGUUCAUAUAUUCUAAGUAGGUAACAAUCCUGCUAUUUCGCAACCCCACUUUCCCUGCCCUGGGGACUUAAGGUCAUUGGUACAUGUGCAAUCACUGUUGUCAAGAGUUUAUAUAUGAGGAUCACUAGUCAGUCAUGUUUUUAUAUUGAAGAAACUCUCCACUGUGUUGUUAUUCGCUUUACGGCAAAGUGUCCAUUACUUCUUCAUAUUGUCUUCAUGUGUAUUGUAUUCACAAUCAGCUGAUUUUCUCUUGUAAGAUGGCACCAAAUAGUUUUGUUACCCUUUGUAGGUACAUCGUUAAGCCUUUUUUUUAUUCAGCCUGUGUGUAAAGAGUUUUAAAAUCCUUCUCAGCACAUAGUAUGAAUUUCUGAUGUAAUAUUAAAUUAUAUUUUAUA